AUGGGCUUCGGCGAUUUCCAGACGAUAUGCGAAAAGGCGUCGAUACCACUAUGUGCGCUUGUUGGACACCAGGCGAUCAAUGAUGGCCCAGGCAUCCAGCCAAACUGCUAUGCCAGGACCAUUGAAAUCGCAAAUACCAUCAUAUUCCAGGCGGCCAACGACUUUAUGCAUAUUCUCGCUCUGGUCAUGACGGUGAUCAUGAUUAUCCAUGUGCGCUCCAAGUUCACUGCUGUCGGACGCAAAGAAAUCACGUCCUUCUUCUACAUCUACAUGCUCUUGACCAUCAUAUCGCUCGUCCUUGACGCCGGUGUCGCUGCACCUGGCUCCGGCGCAUAUCCCUACUUCGCCGCCGCGCAGAACGGCCUUGUCUCCGCCCUCUGCACCUGCCUGUUCAUCAACGGCUUUGUUGGCUUCCAGCUGUACGAAGACGGCACAACACUAUCAGUCUGGCUGCUACGACUGACUUCCCUCGCAAUGUUCGUGGUUGGCGGUGCUGUCAAUUUGUUGACAUUCAAGGGCUGGGCUGGGCUGGACCCCAAGAACCCAAUCGGUAUCUUUGUCUUGACAUAUAUCGUCAACGCCAUCUUGAUCUUCGUCUACAUUGUCAGCCAGAUCAUUCUCGUUGUCGGAACUCUCGAGGACCGCUGGCCGCUGGGUGACAUCAGCUUUGGCAUCUUUUUCUUGGUCAUAGGCCAGGUCAUUCUCUACGUCUUCAGCGACACUAUCUGCGACCAGGUUCAGCACUACCUCGACGGUCUCUUCUUCGCGACCAUCUGCAAUCUCCUCGCAGUCAUGAUGGUCUACAAGUACUGGGAUUCAAUCACCCGCGAGGACUUGGAAUUCUCCGUUGGUAUCAAGCAACACAACUGGGAAGUCAAAGAAUUUUCCGAGGAAGAUAAGCGCGGAACCAUCUACCAGGAAUCCGACUAUGCACCCUCUAUGUACCAACAACCCUACCCACGCCAUUCACACUAUUCUGUUGGUCACUAA